AUGUCUCAUAUACAGCUAAAAUCGAGAGAGAAUUUAACUGCUUCAACUACCACAUUUAUUACCAGGAGUAACAAAUCUUUCUCUCGGUCUCUCUCUCUCUCUGUCUGUCUCGCUCUCUCUUCAUACACGUCUGUUUAUUUUUCUUGUUCUUUCUCUCGUUCUUUCUUUCGAUCUUGUGUUUUCUCUUUUGGUUUUUUCGCUUUUUCUCCAUCAUUCUUUCCUUCUUCUUUUUCCUUCUUUCUUUCGUUCUUGUUUUCUUUCUUCCGUUCUUGUUUGUUUCUCCUUUUUAUUUCAUUCAAGUUUUUCCCCUUUUGUCUUACAUUCUUGUUAUUCCACUUUCUUUCUCCCGUUCUUCUUUUUUCAUUUUCUUAUUUUGUCUCUUGUUUUUACUCCUUUCUUUCGUCCUUGUUUUUUCUUUCUUUCUUUUCUUUCGUGCUUAUGUUUCUCGUUGAUUUCGUUCUUGUAAUUUCUCCUCCUAUCUAUCGGACUUAUUUCUCGAUCUUUCUUUCGUUCUAUAUUUUUCUCGUACUUUCUCUCGUUCUUUUUCUCGUUGUUUCUUUCGUUCUUUUUUCUACUUCUUUCUUUCGUUCUUGCUUUUUUCUACUUUCUUUCGUUCUUGUUUUUCUCUUUCUUUCUUUCUUUCAUUCUUGUUUUCUUAUCUUUCCUUCAACAUAUUUCUCUUUCUUUCGUUCAUCUUUUUUUCUCUUUCUUACUUUCGUUCUUGUUUUUUUUUCUCUUUCUUUCUUUCAUUAUUUCUUUUCCAUUUUUUCUAGUUUUUGUUUUUUCUACUUUCUUUCCUUCUUGAUUUUUCUCCUCGUUUAUCUCGUUCUUUUUCUCCUUCUUUCUUUCAUUCUUUUUACUCAUUCUCUCUCUUGUUCUUCCUUUUUUCUUUUCUUUAUUUCGCACUUUUUUUUCUAA